CCGAAUUAUAGAGAGAUACAGACACAAUAUUAAUGAGUAACACGCUUCACAAACACCACCUCUGUUUAUAUAUACGUACUGACAUCUGCUUACGCCGAUAGUACGUGCCACUAGAUACAGUAUGACCACAUUCUCAGAUUUGGUCGCUAAGGCCGAGGUCGUCGCCACUCGCGAUGAGGCUGUAUCAGCCGUCGCUUCUUGUGUGUCCGAUAAAGAUUUCCUAAAUAAGGGAGAUGCAGUAAAGGCACUAACUGAUUCCAUGAAUAAACCUGCCAAGGGUGGAGCGGUUGCCCGCGAGGGUGCCCUUUGCGUUGCUGAAGCACUAGUUAAUAACAAUGGCCCUGCUGUAGAGCCAUUCCUAGUAGCUAUUCUACCCAAGGUAGUUGAACUACAGGGAGACAAGGUUAGACCCGUAGCCCUUAAGGCCGUCACCGUUGGUGAGGCUGUCAUCGCUGCCAUCCAGCCCAACCAGGUUGGUGCAGUUGUGCCUCUACUAUGCCAAAAGCAACAGAAAUGGAACGUAAAUGUAUUCCGACUGGAGUCUAUCGCGGCUCUGAUCAAGAGAUGCCCCCUACAGAUGCAGCCUUUCAUGGGUGACAUUGUCACUGCCCUAUCAGAGGCUAUGUGGGAUCUUAAGGCAGAAGUCAAGGCCGCUGCCAAGAGCUGUAUGAACGAUGCCUGCGAGUCUGUUGAUAACAAGGAUAUCAAGCCUUUCAUCCCCAAGCUUAUUGCCGCCAUCGAGAAGCCCGCUGUUGUUCCUGAGACUAUCCACGCUCUCGCUGCUACCACUUUCGUUCAGGCCGUGAACUACGGAGCGCUAUGUAUCAUGGCCCCUAUUCUUCUGCGAGGUUUCACUGAGCGAUCUUCCGCCACUAAGCGUCAAUGUGCUCGUAUUAUCGAGAACAUGGCCAAGUUGGUUGAUGAGCCUCGUGAUGUAGCUCCUUUCCUGCCCAAGCUUCUACCCAAGCUUGAGGAGGCUAUGGAGGAGGUUGCUGACCCCGAGUGCCGUGAGGUGUGUGGCAAGGCCGCCGCUAUUCUAAAGAAGCGUGGAGAUAUGACCAAGGUAAAGGACGUAACUCUGUAUGGAAAAGAGUCGUUCGAACCCGUAUACACUAAGGCUUUGGCCAAGGAUACCGCUACCGCGGUUAGCGACUAUUGUGCAUACAUCUCAUCAUCUCUCAUUGCCACUCGCAUGCUUGAUGAUGAAGACUGGAAUACUGCUCUUCUUCCCACGAUGGAGUUGUUUGUGUCUGGAAACGCUAAGGAGACCCUAUCCAACAUUGUCACCGAGGUACACGUCGAUCACGCCCCUAUCGUUGAGGUCGAGGAGGGUGAGGAAGAUGCCGAGGAAUUGUGUAACACUAAUUUCUCUCUUGCUUACGGAUCCAAAAUUCUUCUGUCGAACACUCAGUUGCGUUUGCUCAGAGGUAAUCGUUAUGGUCUAAUUGGUCAGAAUGAUUCCGGUAAGACAUCUCUCAUGAAGGCUAUUGCCGAUAACCGUGUAGAGGGUUUCCCCAGCCCCGAGGAGGUUCGUACUAUCUUUGUAGAGACUGACAUUCAGGGAGAGCUUUCUGAUCUUUCUGUUGUCGAGUACAUGUUCGCCGAUGAGUUGCUGAAGAAGAUGGGUGCCACACACGAGGAGAUGGAGAAGAUUUUGAACGAAGUUGGUUUCAAAGACGGUUCACCUGCUAACACCAGCACCUCUGUUGGUGCUUUGUCAGGAGGUUGGAAAAUGAAGUUGGCUCUUGCUCGUGCUAUGUUGUUGAAGGCUGAUAUUCUUCUUUUGGAUGAGCCUACCAAUCACUUGGAUGUGCACAACGUCAAGUGGGUACAGGACUACCUUACCAGUCUAGAUGGUGUCACUUCCAUUCUUGUGUCACACGAUUCCAAGUUUUUGGACAUCGUAUGCACACACAUUAUUCAAAUCUCUGAUCUUAAGUUAGGUUUCUUCAAGGGUAAUCUCAGUGACUUCGUAGUAGAUCACCCCGAGGCUAUGUCAUACUUCAAGCUUAAGUCUACCAAGCAGAAGUUCUCAUUCCCCAAACCUGGACACUUGGACGGUAUCAACUCUAAGGGUAAGCCCAUCCUUAAAAUGUCGAACAUUACCUUCACUUACCCCGGUGCCGAGAAGCCUCAGCUUAAAAACGUUACUGUGCGUUGUUCACUAGCAUCUCGUGUAGCAUGUGUUGGUGUUAACGGUGCUGGUAAGUCUACCAUGAUCAAGUUGUUGACUGGUGAGCUUAUCCCCGACACUGGAUCAGGUGAGGUGUGGAAGCAUCCUAAUGUACGUACCGCAUACGUUGCACAACAUGCUUUCCAUCACAUCGAGUCUCACUUGGAAAAGACACCCAAUGAGUACAUUAGAUGGAGAUACGAGCAUGGUAAGGAUAAGGAGGCACUAGAGAAGAUCACGUUGAUUGCUACUGAAGAGGAGAAGGAACAGAUGGCCAAGCCUAUUCAGAUCGAGUACGAGAACGAUGAUGGUAAGAUCAUCAAGGAGAAGCGAACGUUCUCCGAGUUUACAGAGGGACGCCGUGAGGGUAAGCGUGGAGACAAGGAGUACGAAGUUCGAUGGAACGGUAUCGCAGAGCCUUCGUACGUGUCGGAGCGUAAGCUGGAGGAGGCUGGUUUCGCUAAACUUCUAAAGAUUGUCGAUGAGGCUAUUGCUAUGCGUGCUGGUUCGUACUUGCGCCCUCUAUCAAUGGCUAAUGUGGAGAAGCAUCUUGAGGAUGUUGGUCUAGAACGCGAGUUCGGAUCGCACUCUCGUCUUGCUGCACUUUCCGGAGGACAGAAGGUGAAGGUUGUGCUGGCUGCUUGCACUUGGCACGCACCCCACAUGUUGAUUCUUGAUGAGCCUACCAAUUACCUUGAUAGAGACUCUCUUGGUGCCCUUGCUGGUGCUAUCGAGGAGUUCGAGGGUGGUGUAGUCAUGAUUACGCACAACAACGAGUUCUGUUCAUCUCUAUGUCCUGAGACUUGGGUGCUUGAGAACAACACUCUCAACUUAAAGGGUGAUCCCGAGUGGAUGAAGAACGCCUUGAAGGAGAAGAUUGUUGACGAGGGAGGUCCCGCGACUAUGACUGAUGCGUACGGUAAUGUUACCAAGGUCAAGGCAAAGAAAAAGGCCUUGUCACGUGCCGAGAAGAAGAAGAGAGACAAGAGACGUGCUGCCAGAAGGGCUCAGGGCAUUGAGACCGACACAGAGUCUGAGAGCGAGUGAUCUGGGUCUACUCGAAUCGCUUACGUUUGAUUAAUAUGUUUAAUCAACCAGUGCACGCGUAUCGUUAUGUUAUAUCUGCAAUCAUUUAGAGUAUCCUGACAUGUUUAGUAUCUUUUCACUUUCACCUUUUCACCUCCAGACAUGCCAAUAGCUAGAACACCACGCGAAAGCGUGACGUGUCGGUUGUAGGUACCCGUUUAUGUAUUAUGUAUCGAACGGGCGUCGUAUUCGAACGUGUCUGUAUAUAUUCACAUUUACCUUGUCGAGUGGUUGCCCUGCUCGUAGGUGUUGGGUACAUACCACUAAUCAUCACGUAAGAUUAUUAUUGGAGGAUAUAGUCUGUAGUGGUCUAUAUCUAAGAGUAUAGUUUACAUUCGGUUUGUAUGUCCUGCUGCGGGGCUCAAGUUGCUUUGUAAUCAACGUACGAAAUAAAGUAAAUGCAAAAAUAAUGCGUUGUGCC